AUGGACUUACAGUGGCCACCCACAGAGUCAGACUCAAGCAGGAACCAGGUGACUGCAGCAGUGCUGAGAUUAAAACUGGGUAGCUGUGUUGGGAAUGUCACUGUGGCCUUCAAGUACCCCGGCAUCCUCUGCAGCUUGCUAGCCAGCAACAAACUGCCCUAUGAGAACAUUCAGGCCAAUGUCAUCGAGAUGCUGGCAGGUGGUGUGGACACGACAUCCAUGACCCUGCAGUGGAACUUGUAUGAGUUGGCGCACAACCUCAAGGUGCAGAGCAUGCUUCGGGCUGAGGUGCAGGCCGCCCGGCGUCAGGCCCAGGGGGACAUGACCAAGAUGCUGCAGCUGGUGCCUCUGCUCAAGGCUAGCAUUAAGGAGACUCUGAGGCUGCACCCCAUCUCCAUAACCUUGCAGAGAUAUAUUUCGUGUGACUUGGUUCUCCGUGAUUACUUGAUUCCUGCCAAGACACUGGUGCAGGUGGCCAACUAUGCCAUGGGCCGGGAACCCAGCUACUUCUCCAACCCCAUCACUUUCAACCCAAGCCGAUGGUUGGACAAGGACAAAAACCUCACCCACUUCCGGUACCUGGGCUUCGGCUGGGGGGUGCGGCAGUGUCUGGGCUGGCGGAUUGCAGAGCUGGAAAUGACCAUCUUCCUCAUCUAUGUGCUGGAGAACUUCAGGAUUCAGUUGAAGCAGUUCAAAGAUGUGGGCACCAAGUUCAACCUCAUCCUCGUGCCUGAGCAGCCCAUCUACUUCACUUUCCUGCCCUUCAAAGAGGACACGGCCCAGGUGUGAUCACAGGUGGUGUCCCUGACCUCUACCAACCAGGCUGCAAUUGUGUGGGUAGAUGGCUGAGUGGGUGCCACUGGGCCUUGCACCUGUGGUGCUGUGUCCCCACUCCUUCAGGGCAGGUGGUUUGGCUCAGUGGCCACCUGGGCCAGCUCAGAGCCGUCUUUCUGUCACCUCUGGCCCACUCUUCUCCAUCUCCUGCCCUGGAGUGGGAAGACAAUAAAUGGCUGAACUAUG